UAUUGUGAGUCCUGGACUAUAUAAGACAGGUUCCCUCUCAACCUGAAAAGCAGCAGCAUCUUCAGCAACCGUUUGAUUGCAAAACUACUGCCGCACUGCAGAAAGAAGAAAGAGGAGCAUCUUGAAAGAAACAACUUACUCAAGCCAUGAUCUCCACACUACAGAAAACUAUCAGACCAAUGUGGGCUGUCAGAAGACUGCAUAAGUCAGCAAUUCAAGUCUUGAAGCACCCAGUCCCCGAGGACACGGUCACAGCCAGCUUUGGGAAGUUCAUCAGUGAAAUAAAGCCUCAGCACUUGUCCCCCAUGGUCCUCGGCCGCAGCAAAAGAAUGGUGAUGGACAGCAUUGGGGUUGGGCUGAUCGGCAGCACAACAGAGGUGUUCGAACUGGCCCUGCAGCACUGCGAGUACAUGUAUGCUCCUGAUGAGAUCAGCUCUGUGUACGGACGCAGGGGCACCAGACUCUCCCCGACGCUGGCAGCUUUCGUCAAUGGAGUUGCGACUCACUCCAUGGACUUUGAUGAUACGUGGCACCCUGCCACUCAUCCCUCAGGAGCAGUGCUUCCUGCUGUGUUGGCACUCAGCGACAUGUUGCCCUCAAACAACAAACCCAGUGGCCUGGAACUCCUGCUGGCUUUCAAUGUGGGCAUCGAGAUCCAGGGGCGACUGAUGCGGUUCUCUAAUGAGGCCUGCAACAUCCCCAAGAGGUUUCACCCUCCCAGCGUGGUCGGGACGAUGGGAAGUGCAGCUGCCUGUGCUCGCCUCUUGUCCUUGGAUCACUCCCAGUGCAGUCAUGCCUUGGCCAUAGCUGCUUCUCUUUCUGGGGCCCCAAUGGCCAAUGCUGCCACUCAGUCUAAGCCCCUCCACAUUGCCAAUGCUUCACGUUUGGGGCUGGAGGCCGCUCUGCUGGCCUCCCGAGGCCUAGAGGCGAGUCCCCUGGUCCUGGAUACUGUGCCAGGGGUGGCCGGCUUCAAUGCCUUUUAUGAAGACUACGUGCCACAGGCUUUAGAAUCACCCAAUGAUGGCGGCCAUAUAUUCCUGCUAGAGGAGCAGGACAUGGGCUUCAAGCGCUUCCCUGCUCAUCUGGGGAUGCACUGGGUGGCAGAUGCUGCAGCCUCGGUCCAUGAGCUUCUUGUGGGAGUUGGUCCUGGCACUGUCUCCCCAGCUCAGGUCCAGGACAUCCAGCUCAGAAUCCCUAAAUCAAAGUACAUCAACAGGCCUUACCCUGAGUCUGAGCACGAGGCACGUCACUCCUUCCAAUUCAAUGCUUGCAGCGCCCUCCUUGAUGGCGAGGUGACUGUGCAGUCCUUUACACCCGCUGCCAUGAGCCGCCCGGAGCUGCUCGCUCUGCUGAGCCGUGUGCACGUGGAGCAUCCCGACGACAACCCGGCCAAUUUCAACCUAAUGUAUGGCGAAGUGGAGGUGACGCUUGUUGGAGGAGACAUUCUGAAGGGACGGUGUGACACCUUCUACGGUCACUGGCGCAACCCACUUACCAACGAGAGCUUGACGAAGAAGUUCAGGAACAACGCAGGGACGGUGCUUCCUUUAGAACAGGUGGAGAGGCUGAUCGAUGUGGUGGAGGAGCUGGACAGAAUUGGGGACUGCAGAGCCCUUCUCUCGCAGCUGCAAUGAAAACUCAGUGGACAAUAUCAGCAAAACAGAAAAUUUGUAAAUAAAUACAUACAAAUACAUUUUAACUAACAACUUACUGUCAAAUGUAUUAAAAUGCCACAUUUGUCCAAAUCAAUGCUGAAGAAUAUCACGCAUCCAAUUGCAAAUGCCUGACAUACAACUGUGCACCUUUUAUGCCUUUUUUUACCAGUGCUGAAAAGCACUGAAAUACCUGUUGAACGAUAUCAUAACUCAUAUUUAUCUAAUGUAUUUUGCAAUUGUAUUACUUAAUUUUAUCAAGAAAUCAAGAGUUGUAAAAGGGGAUGUAGUUACUUUUGCAAAGGGAAAAUGAAGGAAGAUUUAUUUACUUAUAUACUUAUUAAAUAUCAAUGUUACAUAAACAUUCAGUUACUCAUUUCGCGUAUUUGUGCCAAACAAUGGUUUGUCAAAAUACUGCAGGGUUUCCUCUUUGAAAUUUCAACACUUUAUUAUAAAAAUGUAGCAUUUCUCUUGGUGUGAUUUUUUUUGAAUAAAAAGUACAAAACUCAAAA